AUGGCAAAUUCUUAUACAAAGAUUCCACCAACAUACAAUAGUUUGGUUGAUCCAAAUCUUCAACAUCAUUUCAGUGAUGAACGUAUUCGAAAACAUUUACAACGAGCCGGAUUAAUAAAUCGUCAUGGUCAAGUAAUUGCACAACGCAAUCGAGAAAGAAAACAAAAGGAUCAGGAUUUCGCGGCAGAUAUAAAAAAGAAAUUUGUUGAAAAAACAGUUGAAAAUAUACAACAAUUGGAUCGUAUGCGACAGGCUGAAUUUCGGGAUCAACUCGAACAAAGAGACAAACGUUAUUCGUAUUUAUUUCAACGCAAUGAAGAAGCGAAUAAUCGACGACAGCAACUGUUACAUACGGUGAAACUAACACCGAAAGAAUUCGAUCUUUCAACUAAUAACGGACGAGCUCAAACGGUUCCCAGCGGAGUCACACGACAACAUACAGUACCCGUCCAUCAGUCAUCUUCAUCUGCCACAAUUGGAGCUAAUAGUGAUAUCUCCAGUACAGUUGUUCCAUCAUCAACAAAAGAAUCUCAACAACUAAUGAGGAAACCUAAACCGCCUUUUAUGCAUGAUAAAUUAGUGGAAGAAUUAACAGAUAUCAAAGAAAAACAGCGAGAACUAUCAGAAAAACAAUCAUUUUUGCAACGAAAAGCUGAUACACUACCAAAAAAUACCAAUUCUGCGUUACUAUUCAGUAUCGAAAAUAUGCUGUCAACACUCAGACAGCAACAGAGUGAUUUAGACGAAAAACACGCAACUGUAGUUCGUCGAAUGGACAUAUUAGAAAAGAAACAAACUGAACGACAAGAAGCAGCUAUCAAUAAUAUUCAGAUUGAUGAUAUCAAAGCAUUACAACGAGAGCAAGUUAUAGCAAAAAAUGAACGUGAUCGACACACACGAGAUAUACAAAGUGCUCAAGAACAAUUAAACAAUCUAUCAAAACCAACAGUAGAUGUUGAUGCUUUGAAAAGAGACGUCAUUAAUCUUCAAAUAGCUCAUCAAUCAGCAAAAAUCGAGCAAGAUUGCACGAAAGGGGAAGUAAAGGAGCAAAGCAUUAUCAUAAAAGGACUAGAAACAAGAAUUGAUCAGUUAUCGUCCACUUAUCAAUCAUUCACGACAUCUGUCGCAAAACAAACGGAUAUUCAAACUCUAAGAAAUACCAUCAAUACGAUACAAGAUGCACAGGGAAGUACAAAAAGAGAAGUUGAUCAACAACGAGAAAAAUUAGAGGUCUUUCAGAAACAGUUAGACGCUAAGCAAUUGGCUAUUGACGGUUUGAAAACCGACCAAAGAACAUCAAAAAAUGAACUUGAUCAAGUUCAAAUAAGACUGGAACAAUUAUCUGCUAUACAACAACCAUUAGGUUCUUCCACGCCUCACUUAUCAUCCGAAAAUCAGUCAACGGAUUUACAAAAUCUAAGAAAUACCAUCAAUACGAUACAAGAUGCACAGGGAAGUACAAAAAGAGAAGUUGAUCAACAACGAGAAAAAUUAGAGGUCUUUCAGAAACAGCUAGAAGCUAAGCAAUUAGCUAUUGACAGUUUAAAAACCGACCAAAGAACAUCAAAAAGUGAACUUGAUCAAGUUCAAAUAAGAUUGAAACAAUUAUCUGCUACACAACAACCAUUAGUUUCUCCCACGCCUCACUUAUCACCCGAAAAUCAGUCAGAAACAAAUAACCUACGAGGAGAGAUUGCGAAGGUUAGCGCUGCGAAUGGCGAACUGAAGAAACAACUGAGAGAUUUAGAAACAAGAUUAGACAGCAGUGUGCUAGAAGGAGAGGUAGCGAAUAUUAGGAAUAAAUUGAGUACUUUGGAGCAGGCAUUUGAAAAGCAACAGCGCAUAUUAGCUUCGAUGGAAAAGCCGGAAGAUCUAGAGUCCUUAAAAAGUCAGCAGUUGUCGAUGGCAGAUAACAUACGUGCACUUGAUAGUCAGUUGCGAAACUUGCAGUCCCAGUCAGCAUUGCCUCCGAUCAUCACGUUUGAUCCAUCAGCGGCUAAGACAUCUGAUCUUCAAGCGUUGCAGUCUAGUCUUAGAGCGAUUCAAGAGGAACAACCAAGACUACGCUCUGAUUUAACUCAAUUAAAGGGACAAAUCGAGGAGACGUUGAGGUCAGAGUGGAACGCGGUACAAAAUGAUUUGAAAGACAUGAGACAGCAUCAUGCAACAUUGUCACAAAAACAGUUCGAGCUUGAACAAAAACUUACAUCUCUUCUUACUUCAUCAACAACUCCAGCCGUACCUUCAAAUACAAAUGGAUUGUCUCUGGCCGACGUGGAAGGUUUAAUCAAUGCAAGUCAACGACAAGUAACAGCGGAAUUAAAUGAAAUGAAUAACUCUAUACGAACGUCAUUGGGUGAACAAGAGAAUUUACGUCAAGAAUUAGCUUCGCUUCGACAAUUAUUGGCAGAACCAAGAGUAGUUCCCCUUCAACAAUCACCACCACAAUCACAACAACUUUCACCGCAAGAUAUAUUAACAGAGAAAGACAAGUUCGAACUAACAGACUUGAUUAAUGAUACUAAUCAACGAACACAAGAUUCAUUCGAUAAUUGGAAAAAUUCAUUUCAAACUCAGUUUGAUAAGCAGAAAACAGAACAAGAAAAUCUAAACAAGACAUUUUCAGAAGCCGAACGAAAAUUAAAUAGACUUCUAACCGAUAUGGGUUCUAUUCAAGACAAAUUACAUCGUCUAGCAAAUAACAAUCUACCAAUAACAAAACUGGAUAAACCAGCCGAAGCAUCACCUUAUCGAAAAGUCAUUGAUAAUACGAUGCCAUUCAUUGAAUUAUUACCACCUUUAGAUCUUAUUACUGAUGGAUGGAAUGCUUAA